UGUUGGAACAAACAAAAGCAAAUGGGGAUUUCAAGUGAACUCCUGGCUUUCUUGAGCAUUCUUGUGCUGGUUUUCGCAGCGGCUCGGGCGGAACCUCUGGUUCCUGCUUUUAUCAUCUUUGGGGACUCCGUUGCUGAUGUGGGCAACAACAACAACCUCACUACACCCAUCAAGGCAAACUUCCCUCCUUAUGGAAGAGACUUUGUGACUCAUAGACCAACUGGAAGAUUCUGCAAUGGAAAGCUUGCCACAGACUUCACUGCUGAAUAUCUAGGAUUCACCUCAUACCCGCCGGCUUACCUUAGCCCAGAAGCCAAAGGGCAGAACCUCCUGACCGGAGUCAACUUUGCAUCAGCUGCUUCUGGCUAUUGGGAUUACACACCUUUCUUAUAUAAUGCACUUUCGCUGACCCAGCAACUGAAUUACUAUAGGCAGUAUCAGAAUGAAGUGGUGAGAAUGGUGGGCAGCGACAAUGCCAGUGCCAUAUUCUCCGGUGCCAUCCACCUUCUAAGCGCAGGGAUCAGUGAUUUCAUUCAAAACUACUAUAUCAAUCCCCUUCUUAGAAUCUACUCACCUGACCAGUUCUCAAACAUUCUCAUUAGAUCAUACUCCACUUUCAUUCAGAAUUUGUAUGCACUUGGAGCACGAAGGAUUGGAGUCACAAACUUACCACCAACUGGGUGUUUGCCAGCAGCGAUCACAAUGUUUGGCUCUGGAACCAAUGAAUGCGUCCCAAGGUUAAACCAAGAUGCCAUUUCUUUCAACAAUAAGCUAAACAGCACAUCUCAAGAUUUGAAGAAUAGGCUUCCAGGCCUCAAGCUUGUGGUCUUCGAUAUCUUCCAGCCUCUUCUGGAUAUGAUUAUGAAUCCUGGUGAUAAUGGGUUCUUUGAAUCGAGAAGAGCUUGUUGUGGAACAGGUACAUUAGAGACCUCUGUGCUUUGCAACUCUAGGUCUGUAGGAACAUGUACCAAUGCGACUGGUUACGUGUUUUGGGAUGGAUUCCAUCCCUCUGAAGCUGCUAACGAGGUCUUAGCUGGAGAUCUACUUCAACAGGGUUUUGACCUCACAUCUUGA